AUGCGACAACUACAAUCAAAUAAUAUAAAACUGUAUCAGUCUUAUAUUUCUAAGUCUACUAUAAAUUUUUUUUAUUUUUCAAUAAUCUUUUUAUCGUGUCUAAUCUCUGACGUGAGCUCUCAAGUGUCAAAUCCAGUUUUUUCUCGUGCUAAUUUCUUUAACAACAACAUUCCGCAGUUUCAUUCAUAUAAUGAACAGACAACUAGUAGUUCAGAAUUAUAUCAAAAUUCAAUAACUUCUUAUUAUGAUCCACAAUUAAAAGUAUCAGCAACUGAUGGUUAUAUAAAAGAAAGUGCUACAAGAGGGACAAUUGUUAAGAUGUCACCUUCAGCAGUAUCAGAAAAUUUUCAAAUAUUGGUAACAGAUGAUGAUUUGAAACCAGGAAUGCCUCCAGCAACUUAUCAAUAUAUUCUUACAGGUUUAGGUGCAACAAUAUUUGCUAUUGAUCAAAGUGGAUAUAUAUAUUUAAAUUCUGAUACAAUUGUUAUAUCACCAACAAAUCCAAGUGUUUAUCAAUUAAAUAUUCAAGCAAGAGAAGUAGGAACUAAUCCAACAAGAAAUUCUGAUUCUAAAACUAUAUUUAUUCAUGUUGUACCAAAUAAAGAUGAUAGACCAAUUUUUGGAUCAACUGUAUAUAUGGCUAAUGUUACUUCAUUUGGUGGUCCAAGACCAGUUUUAUCAAUAAAAGCUGACAAUGAUUAUGAAAAUUCAGGAAUGACAUAUUCAAUAUUUCAAGUUAGUAAUGGUGCUGAAAAUAAUUUUUUUUAUGAUCAUACAAAUCAUCAAUUAAUGGUAAAUGGUCCAUUAAUUCCUGGAGUUAAAUAUCAAAUUAUUUUGGAAGGUAAAUCAGUAACAGGACAAACAAGUCAAACAUUAAUUAUUGUUAAUGCUGAGACAUUUAAUUUUAAAUUUACAACACCAACACCACAACAACCAAUGUUUGCUAUAACUGACUUUUCAUCAAAAUUGACAACAACAAUUCAAGAACCGUCGGAAGCUGUCCAAACUUUUGUCACAGAAAUAAGUGAGGCCACACCAACUAAUACAGUAGUAGUGACAUUAGGUGACUCUACCUCAUUUUCUACAACAUAUUUUAUAAUUGUAGAAGGAAAUGAGGAUGAAAUGUUUAAUAUUAAUCCGGAUACAGGAUCUAUAACAACAAAUAAAAAAUUUAAUUCACAUAAAAAAGAUAUUUAUACAUUACAUAUUGAAGCAAGAUCAAAAAAUCCUGAUCAACAUUUAUAUUGGACAAUUAUACAAAUAGGUGUAAAAGAUGAAAAUGAAAAUCCACCAAUAUUUAUAGAUCAUAAACCAAUUAAAUUUUCAAUUUCAAUUAAUUCUAAUAGUGAUAUACAAAAUAAUAUGUAUAUUGGUAAAGUUAAUGUUAAAGAUGAUGAUAAUGGUGAAAAUGGUAUUGUUGAUUUAAAAAUAAUGCCACCAAAAGAUAAAUUAUUUAAUAUUGAUAAUGAAGGAUAUAUUAGAGUUGCUGGUGAAUUUACAACACAACAUUUUGGUAUACAUAAAAUUAAUAUAAUUGCAACUGAUCGUGGUGAUCCACCAUUAGAAUCAAGAACAUCAGCAAUGAUAACAAUUGGGGCAGAAUUUGUUCCAGAAGUUAUUGAAACAUCAUAUGGUACUACAAAUGGUAUGUCAUCCUCAUCAUAUAAUACAAUAAGUAGUGAAACACCUUCAAGUACAGAAAUAAAAUCUAGUGAAUCAAUAUCAUUUACAAUACCUACUAUACCACCAACAUAUUUUAAGACAACUGAAAAACCUAAAGUUACAAUAAUUGAUUAUGAAACUGAAUCAUCUAAUGAAUAUGGUACAACAUUUAAUAAUAAAGUAUAUACAAAAAUACCUUUGUCAACAUUAAAAUCAACAGAAAUGUCUAUUGAAGAAGAAACAACAACACCAAUAUAUACUAAAAAAAUUACUAAUUUUGGACCAUUUUCACAAAUACUUACAAAUAAACCUGAUUUUUCAAGUACAAUUGAUACUGAAUCAACAGAAAAAAGUAUAGAAUUAACAAAACUAUUAACUACUAUUAAAAUUACUACAAUACCUACAACAACUCCAACAACAACUACACGUCUUAGAUUAGCUCCAGUCUUUGAUCCAGCUGAAAUUAAUGUUGUUGUUGAUGAAAAUGAUGGUAAUAUUGAAUUGGCACGUUUAGUAGCAUCAUAUCCUGAUGCUAAACCUGGAAGUAUUACAUAUACAAUAAUAAGUGGUGAUACAAAUCUUUUUAGUAUUAGUAGUUUUACAGGAACAUUAAAAUUAUUAAAACCACUUGAUGCAGAAUCAAUUAGUGAAUAUACAGUUAUUAUAGGAACAGUUGAAUCUAAUGUUUUAGAAAAAGAUAAUACAAUGGAUCAUACAGCAACAGUAACAAUAAAAGUUCAUGAUAUUAAUGAUUGGAUACCUAAUUUUGAACAAAGUGAAUAUUAUUUUGUUCUUAAUGAUAGUGUUGAACCAGGAACUAUUGUUGGACAAGUUAGUGCAUUUGAUCAAGAUAGAGAUGCACCAAAUAAUGAAAUUCAAUAUAAAUUAACUAAUACAGAUGGUAUGGAAAAAUAUUUUGGUAUUAAUAAAAAUAAUGGUUUAAUAACAUUAUUAAAAGAUGGUAAAAAUCUAUCAGGAAAAAAUGUUACAUUACGUAUUGAGGCAUAUGAUAAAGGAAUACCAUCACAAUCAACAUAUUCUGAUGUAAAAAUUACAAUUAAUCCAUCUAAAUCAAAAUUAAUACCAAAAGAAGAGAAUGGUUUUAAUUUAACACCACAACAUGGUUUUAUACAAUUUUCACAAAGAAAUUAUACAGCAUCUGUUAGUGAAGCUGUUAGACCACCACAUUUAGUACAAAUACUUAAUGUUGUACAUAAACCAGUUGAUACAAGAUUUAUAAUAUGUAGUAUAUAUUCUGGUAAUUUUAGAAAUGCUUUUGGUAUUACUACAGGAAGUGAUGGUAAUUGUGAAUUAAGAACACAAACUAUUCUUGAUAGAGAAACUGUUGAAAAAUAUUUACUUAAUAUAACUGUAUCAUAUGAAGGAAAAACUGAUUAUACAAUGAUAUCUAUAACUGUACUUGAUGCAAAUGAUAAUGUUCCACAAUUUAUAUUUGAAGAAGGUAGUGAUAUGACAAUUUAUUUUGGUGCUGUUUCAUCAACAGCUCCUGCUUUUACAAGAGUUUUAACAGUUAAAGCAGAAGAUGCUGAUUUAGGUAAUAGUAGUAUUGUUAAAUAUGAAUUAGAUCCAUUAUCAAUUGAUUCUAAAUUUUUUACAAUUGAUAGUAAUACAGGUGAAAUUACAAUAAAACAAUCAAUGAAUCAAAUAUCACAAAAAAGUCGUAAAACAUUUUAUGAACUUAAAAUUUCAGCAUGUGAUUCACCAAUAUCUGGGCAAAUGUUAUGUUCAAAAGCUGAUGGUAUUGUUAAUGUUAUAACAGAUGCUAAUAGAUUUAUAACAACAAUAUCUGGUGCACAACCAACUCAUAUAAAAUCACAUGAACAGGAUAUUAAAUUAGCUUUAAAACAAUGUUCAGGACUUUGUACAAUGUUACAUGUUGAAAAAAUGAGAGAAAAAACUUCAAAUCCAAGUGGAAAUGUUGUAACAGAUAUCUUUUGGUAUGCUAUUAAUCCAUCAACAAAAAGAAUUUGUAAAAAACAAGAUUAUAAAAAAAUGUUUAGUCAUGGAUCAAAAGAAUUAGUUGCUGGAAGAUUACAACCAUGGUUUAUAGUUGAAAAUAUAUCUGAAGAUAUUAAACAAGGAACAGAUGAUUCAAUAGAUAUGAGUUAUAUAUCAAUGCUUCCAGAAGAUUGGAAAUCUAUUUCAACAAUAUUAAUUAUUGCUGGUGUUGUAAUUGGAUUUGGUGCAAUUAUUAUAUCAUGUGCUGUAUGUAUAUAUCAUGGAAAAUAUAAUAAUAAAGAUUCUCAAAUACAUUCAUAUCCUACAAUAUAUCCAAUGCCUAAAUAUGGAACAAUUUAUUUACCAAAUACAGGAGGUCCUUAUCCAAUUGAUAAUAAAUUAUAUGAGACACAGAUUAGUGAUGAAAAUUAUACAUUAAAAAAUAGUUCAAUUCGUUCAAAAAAUAUAUUACUUAAUGGAGGAGGAAUGUAUGAUCAUAGAGAUACAAAUAGUCAUUAUGGUCCUGUUAGUGGUGGAAUUCAAGAUGGUAGAAUAAUAAAUAAUGGAAUUGGAAGACCUAGUAAUAAUAAUAAUAAUUAUGGAAGACAACAUUCUAUUCAAGAUGAAGGUGAUUUUAGUAUUGAAGAAAAUAUGUAUGCAUUAAAUGCUCCAAGAAAUUUACCAUCAGAAAAUUCUAGAGGUAUACGUGGACAAAUAAGUUAUCAACAACAUGACAGAGAAAGUACAUUCCCUAGACAUUCUGCUCAACACCAUUUUUAA